AUGCCACAAAGUGAAAAUCAGGCUUCCAUUGAGGAUGCCGUAAUGCUGGAGCAUCCAAGUCCCAGCAAUGCUAGCCAGGCGGCAGCAUCACCCUGCGACAACCAUGAUAUUAUGGUGAAAUGGCGCAAGGCCAUGAAAAGUGCCUGCGAAGCCCAGGAGUUGUUGCAGGAAGUUAUGGAAGCCUUGGCCAGCGAAAUGCGCAAACAUAAACCGAACAAAGACAAGAAUUCGAAAAAGGAUAAACACAAAAAGAAAGAGGGUAAAAUUAACAAAAAGGACAAAAAGAAAAAGAAUAAAAAGAAACAUGGCAAGGGAGAUCACCCUUGCCAUCCUGUCCUACCUGAACCACCAGUGUGUGAUCCCAAUGACAGUGAUAGUGGCUCAAGUUCUAGUUCCAGCUCCGGUUCGAGUUCAAGUUCUUCGUCAAGUUCCAGUUCAAGCGAUUCCAACGAUAGUGAUAUGGAAAUGGGUUUCUACUGUGGUCACAGACCUCCGCGCCACCACAAACAUUAUCAUCAUGGCUAUGGCCAUGGCCACCAUGGUGGACACGGACGCCACCACCACCACCAUGGUCGUAGACCUCGUUCACAUUCCCGUGGACGCCACGGUCAUCAUCAUUCACGUAGCCGAUCUCGUGGUCAUUCCAGAGGCACAUCUCCCACACAUCGUCACCACAAUCGACAAGCCACACAAACUGUCGAUUCUAAUCAAAAUCCAAUGCAGGGCACAUCAUCAACACGGGCCAUUGAAGAGACUUUGCCAGUGGUGUUGAAAUUGUAA